AUGGUUGAGAUGAAUAUAACCAGUGUGGUUAUAGGCGCUGUUUUUGGGGCGAUCCCAGUUUACCGGAGUGGGCGUGCGACGUAUGAGUUUGCUAGACGUAAGGGCUGGUGGAUGUGGAAGUGGUUGGAGAAUCUCUCGUGGUUGCAGGAUGGGAAGCCAGACUUGGAGCAGGGGAUUGGCCUUGACGCCGCCCUGGAUCGGCACCUGGCAGCUGGAAGAACUGUCAUGCUGGCCGUGACAAUUCCUCCGUCUCCGGAAGGAGAACAAGGGGGCCGGAGGCCUGCUUCCAUCCUCGAGGCGAGUAUUCUGGAGCAUGGGCCUGAUGGGUUUGAUCUUCGGGCUGCAGUGGAAGCUGUAGCAAACGGGGUUGCGGAGGUGGUUGAGGCUGGAGGUGGGGGUGCUAAUGCUGCUGCUGCUGCUGGAGGAGAUACCGAUGGUGGUUGA